AUGUCGUUCUUCAAAGCUGUGCCGUUUGCUCCGGUGUUUCACCUUCAGGUGGCGGAAUUCAUUGACGAGCGUCCGGAUGAGGUGAAGCUGAUGGAGGAGUUCAGAACAAAUACGAAAUGGAAGCUGUUGGGAGACCAGAACGAAGACUCGCAAAGUUCGGAUGUUUCGGUACCUGCCAAACCCGCCGUGAGGCGACAGCGCCACGACUCCCCGGACAGCUCGCCACCACGGAGACUGCGGCACGACUCUCCGGACAAACCACCUCCAGGCCAACAGCGUCACGACUCCCCGGACCUGUCGCCUCCCAGGCGGAAGUGUCAUGACUCCUCGGACCUGGCACCUCCCAGGCGACAGCGUCACGACUCUCCGGACCUGUCGCCUCCCAGGCGACAGCGUCACGACUCUCCGGACCUGGCACCUCCCAGGCGGCAGCGUCACGACUCUCCGGACCUGUCGCCUCCCAGGCGGCAGUCUCACGACUCUCCGGACCUGGCCCCUCCCAGGCGGCAGCGUCACGACUCUCCGGACCUGUCGCCUCCCAGGCGACAGCGUCACGACUCUCCGGACCUGUCGCCUCCCAGGCGGAAGCGUCAUGACUCUCCGGACCUGUCGCCUCCCAGGCGGCAGCGUCACGACUCCCCGGACGUCUCUCCAAAGAGACAUCAGGCUACUCCGGAUCCGUCCCCUCCGCGGAAGAAGAGACACGAUUCCGACCCAGAUUCGUCCCCACCUCGGAGGAGGAGGGCUGGGUCACCGAGUGUGAACAAGCCAAGCAGAACAAAAGGUGCUUCUCCAGCCACGAAAAAGCUGAGGCAGGACUCUGGCUCACCAUCUCCACGGAGGGGUGCCCGGAGCACCUCUGACGCAGACCACUCUGAUUUGUCUCCUCCACGACGGACCCUGCCAGCCAGAAAGGAUCGGCGCGGCUCGCGGAGUCCCCCUGACCUCUCCCCCUCUCGCCACUGUGACGCCAAGGGAUCUCCGAAGAAGGCAAACGCGAUGUUAUCCGGAGUCAAAGCUGGCCUGGUGUCAGCGGAUGUGCUGCGAAGGGAACAGCAGGAGCUCAGGAGGCUUGAGAGAAGUAACAAGCGCUUGGAAGAGGAAUCCCGGCACUCCGAGACCGUCUUCCGAGACAAGUCGGGGCGCAAGAGGGACCUGGCACAGGAGCGGCUGGAGCAGAGGCAGAAGGAUGAAGCCAGGUCGGAGAGAGACGAGCAGUACGCCAAAUGGGGAAGAGGGCUGGCGCAGGGCAGGCAGCAGCAGCAGAACGUGGAGGACGCGAUAAAAGAGAUGCAGAAGCCGUUGGCCCGUUACAUCGAUGAUCAGGAUCUGGAUCGAAUGCUGCGGGAGCAAGAGAGAGAAGGAGACCCCAUGGCUGACUUCAUCAAAAGAAGGAAGGCCAAGGAGAACAAAGAAAAGAAAGAAAAACCUCGGUACAAGGGACCAGCACCUCCACUCAACAGGUUCAAUAUAUGGCCUGGGCAUCGCUGGGAUGGUGUGGACAGGUCCAACGGGUUCGAGCAGCAGUACUUUGCCAGGAUAGCCAACAAGAAGGCGGUGCAGGAGCUUGCCUACAAGUGGAGUGUUGAGGACAUGUAG